UUUCAACCAGCUGCAUGUUAUUUGUUAAUCGGUCUGGUUAUAAAACUUUAUGAAUUAAAACUAAUAUUCAACCAUGCUGCGAUCGAGGAUAUUAUGCAUAUUUCCACCCAGAAGGUUGGUGUCAUACUUCUCGGCGGAAUUUAAUAAGUUGGCAAUCGAAGGACCAGCAAAAUUUGCCGCAAGUAACAGUCAUGCGGUAACAAAUAUAGAUUUGGACAUUUUUGUCAAUCCGGACAAUCGGCCCAUGGACCUGGUGGAUAGACUGCUUAAGCUCAGAAAACAAAAGGAGUCCAGUUUGGUGCCCUUGCUCUCAAGUAUUCUGGUUAAGCAAUUACUGGACUCCACAAAUCCCCAGGAGGCAGUAUCGAUCCUUUCCAAUCCCACCCAAUAUGGGCUGUUCGUAGACCAGUUUUCUGGCUGUUUUCUGAUGGACUUUUUUCUUCACAAUGGCCACGCUGUAGAAGCCGCUCAGAUUGCCAUGAUUCUCGUGGAGAGGAGCUUAUGCAACAAUGAAUUGGUCGAAUCCCUGGUACUGCAGUCGUUUUGGUCCUUUGUUAAGGAAUUCAAACCUUUCGAGUCCUCUCAAUUUAAACCUGCUGCGAAAAAUGCUGAAGUGGAAAAGAUUCGCGUCAAGUUCAUUCGCAAUUAUCCCGAGGAUGCCACCGAAAACACCGAAGAGAAGAAACUGGGUCGUGCCAUGAUUCGACUGGAUUCUGGUGAAGGGGCCUUGAAAGAGCUAAAGCAAAAUAUUGCCCUACUUGGCUACGUCAUAUCUGGACAAAUAGCUGAGGCCACUAGUUUUUUAAACUGUAACCAAACUGUAUUUCAUAAGGAAACUCUAACUGCCGCCCAAAGUGUAGUACAGUGCCUAAAGUUGGAGGGUUCGGAAGAGUUAGUGAAAUCCCUUCAAGAUACGCUUGAGAAUACUAGCAAGUCCAGUGUCAUCGAAACGCUACUGGAAAACAGCACUAAAGGCAGUGCCCUGAAGUUUGAGCCCAAGCUAUUGGCUGAUUACAGUGAAUCCUAUCAAGAAUGGGCCAAGAAGUUCGAAGCCGCUAUUGAGUACAAACUGCAAGCCCAAAAUCUAAAAGAGCGUAAGGCUAGUAUUGAAAAGACUCUCAGCGAACUAGAUGAGAAACGGCAGAGUUUGUGGUUCUUUGAAAACAGGGAUGAUAUCGACAUUCAGAUUUACAAGAAGAAGGUAUACUAUCCAAAGCGCUGGUUUGGUAAGAAAAAGAAGCCGAAAGCAGCGGACACCUUCUAUGUGCCGCCCAACAUUACGCACAAUGCUUAACCUUGACCCGUGAAUACAAACAACUUAGAUCCAAUUGUUUUUAAGCUUUAAUUAAACUACUGGAGAGUUAAUCCAAA